AUUGACGUCCAUCUUGUUUUUCUGUAUUGGCGAAAGAGGCAUUCUGAACCCCUUGUUUACUUUAAUUUUUGCCAGAUUAUCAAGGGUUUUUUGCCUCUCGUUUGCAAUUAUGUCGGUAGUUGAUAGAUUAGACGCCGCUAAACACUCUAUAACUGGCUCUUAUAUAGCCAAAAUCGUUUGCAAAGCAUCAAGCCGCGAAGUUAUGGGACCGAAAAGGAAGCACUUGGAUUAUCUAACCUCCUGCACACAGAAUGACAAUGUUUCGAUUCCAAACUUGGCGGAUUUAAUAUUUGAACGAUGCACGAAUUCCAGUUGGGUUGUAGUUUUCAAAGCCGAAUGCACUUUCCAUCACUUGAUGUCAUAUGGGAAUGAGAGAUUCAUCCAAUACUUGGCUUCAAGAACAUCAAACUUCAGUCUUGGUAACUUUCUGGACAAAAGUGGUGUUCAGGGGUAUGACAUGUCAACAUUUGUCAGGAGAUACGGGAAAUAUUUGAAUGAGAAAGCUUCUUCCUACACAGAAAUGGGAUAUGACUUUUGCCGAAUCAAAAGAGGAAAAGAAGAGGGUGUUUUAAGAACUAUGGAUGCUCCCAAACUUCUCAAAGCCCUCCCAGUGUUGCAGCAACAAAUUGAUGCUCUGCUUGAAGUGGAUAUUAAAUCAAGUGAAUUGACAAAUGGUGUGAUAAACAGUGUUUUUGUACUUCUGUUUAAGGAUUUAAUCAGGCUAUUUGCCUGUUACAAUGAUGGAAUUAUAAACUUGCUUGAGAAGUACUUUGACAUGAACAAGAAAUCGUGCAAGGAGGCACUAGAGAUCUAUAAGAAAUUCAUAACUCGCAUGGACAGAGUGUCUGAGUUUUUGAAAGUUGCAGAAGAUGUUGGUUUUGACAAGGAUGAUAUACCAGAUCUUAGUAAGGCUCCUAACAGCCUUUUGGAUGCCCUUGAAAACCACUUGCAAUCAUUAGAAAAAGGAAAGGCAACUAACCCACCUACAUCAAAGCCAUUGACAAUACCAAGCAUUACCCUCCCACCAUCGGCAACAGAUGCUUUCAGUGCUGGCAAGUUUACAACUAAGUUUGAAGGAGAUGAUGCUACCGAUGCUGGCCCAAAAAAUGACCUUCUUGAAGAGGAGGAGAAAUAUCUUGAUGCUUUCAAGAAAGCAAAAGAUUCUGGAACACAGAUUCAAGUACCUCCAGCACAAGCAGCAACUCAGUCACCAGGCCAACCCAAGCAGUGGGAGUUGUUAGGUGAACCAGCCCAGCCUGCUGUAGCUCCACUAGGAUCUCCUAGUGAUGACCUCCUACAACUCAAUGCAGCAUUUGCUGCUCCUCCUUCACUGUCAAAUUCUGCAGCUUUUUCACAGAGUCCUUCCUUCCCUCCCAGCCAAGGCUUUUCAGCUGCACAGGGCUUUGGACCAGGCUCAGUGCCAAAUGGUUUUGGUGCACCUCAAGGUGGUCUCUGGGGUGCCCAAGCCCAAGAAGCUCAAGCCUCUUCCAGUGGUUUUAGCAGCAGCAGUACAAACCCAUUUGACAGCCAAGGUCAGGAUGAGUUUGCAGCAGUUUUCGGUGCUAAACAAAGCCCUGUUCAAGGUCCUGAAGGUCUGGGAGACAUCUUGCUCCCAACAGUUUCUAGUGGAGGACUUCCACCAACACCAAUGGACAGUGGUAUGAGCAGGGAGCAGUCAGGAACAGACCUUCAUUCCAGCCUACAGAGAGUUGCCAAGUCCUUAGAUUCAUUUUCCUUCACCAAUGGAAACAUUAUGGGCACAGCUGGUAAAACACAGCACCAAUGGACAGCACCAGCACCACAGAGUAAAACUGGUGGACCUAACUGGCAGGCACCCAUUACAGCGAAAACAACUUUACCAGGUGCAGGUCUGUCAUCUGUGCAGCAGCCAGCUGGACUCAGACCACCCUUCACACAGCCGCAACCAAUGGCACAUCCUUUCAUGCCGCCUGGCCAGCCAGCAGUGUUCCCCCCUCAACAGGGCUCCAUGUUUCCAUCUCAACCAUUCCAACCUCAGAGACCCGUACAGCCUAGCGACCCAUUUGGACCUGUCCCUGGAAAUCAGGUUAGAUUCUAAAGUCGAUGCCUUCAUAAGAUGUUGGAUUGAUCACACUGGUCUGAAAUGAAAACUUCACGUGAAUAUACAUUGUAAAUCUGGAGAGAUAAUCUCAAGCGGAGCUAUUUUCUAAGACGGUUUUGUAGUCUCGACUUUCAUAUAGAUAAGCAAUCAGAAUUGUUCCCAGGGAUACCCUCCCAACCAGGGAACAAGCCGGCAACUAAUCAUUCCUUCCAACGUUUGGAAGUCUAUCUUUCCUGUGACUUUGUCACGCAUUCUGUUGUCACGGGUUUCCUGCCGUCACGCAAUUUUUCUUGGAUGCUUUUGCGUGACAAUCCCAGAAGGGCUUUCGACAGAAGGAAGAUAAUGCUCCAGAUAAGCUGGGUUUUACGCAAUUUAGGGGACUGACAGGCCAGCGAUUCAAUGAAGUUUAUUGCUGCCAGUGCAGCAGUGCAAAGGGGGCUUUUGCUAGUAAAGCUGUAGCAGAAAGGUAAUCUCGUUUUGCAAAGCUUUUGUUUCCGGUUAGGGGUUAAUUAGUUUCCCUAGGAAUUUAGAAUGUUUUGUAUAAUUUGACCAUUAAUGCAAUUUCCAUCAAGACCUAAUUAAGACAAAUGCGUGGAACGAGAACUGGUCUUGAAAUAUAAUCACAGUACAACAUGUUUUGUUUGAUUGUUCAAAAGUUAUUUUUGAUUCUCCUUUUUGGUCAAUGUUGUUUUUGUGAUACCUGGUGUUGAUGUCACUUUUUCAUCCAAAUUCAUAUGGACUUUUACAGCCUUUUUUACUGCCUUCUGCCUCCAAAAAAAAUGCACUUUGUUCUUAAACAUGGAUUUCAUAUUUGCGAUGUGGGCCACAUUGUCAACUGCACUAGAUUUCGACGUUCAAAGCACCAGGCUGAGCCUGGUGUCUGUUGUAAGCUGGUCUUUUGUCAUUUUUUGUUUUGCAUUUGGAAAUGUGAUCCACUUUACUCAAUCAUUGUUCUGUGCUAGGAUUAAGUGGUCGUUCUUUAGUCUGUCCGAGGUAUCGUGAAUUUAAGAUACUUUCACAAGAACUCAGCCAGAAAUUCUUUUGGGGCGUCAAAACGAACAACCUCAGAUUGUCUGAAAUUGAGAACUCGAUCCGUAUCUUCCUCCUUGAGAUGCUACAGAGGAAGUUUGCCUUUUAAUUUUGAGUAGUUUGUUUGGACGGAAAAAUUAGCUUUGGCAUUAAAAGAAACCAUAAAAUAUUAGUUUGUUAAAGUGGCAAAACACCAAACGAAAAAGGAUCAGGGAUGGUCAAAGAUGGAGACGAUCGAAACUGACCGCAAAUGAGAAGCGCGCGUAAUUUUGAAUAAAUUCUUCAAACAGUAACAUAGCCAUAUUAAAGAUAUAUUGAUGGUACUGUUUUAAUUUACUUUCAUUGAAAAGAGACAAACCCCAGUUCAAAGGCCAAAAAGGCAACUAAGCAAAACGAAACAAGCAGUAUUAUCGACCACUUACGAUCAAAUUUUCGUGACUCGACGUGGAUCUUUAUUUGCUAAGAGUGUGAUCGUCUUUUCCAUGAUUUUUCUGGAAGCUUUUCCAUCUUGAUAUGAAAUAUCCUUCAACUAACGCGUGCAAAUGCUGAAGUUUUGAUAAGUGCAACAUUAAACCAAUUACAAUGUAUCCUAGUGAGUCAGUAUAUUAUAAAUAGUUGAGACUUCAUUGUAAGUUGGUACCAAUUGUUUAUUAAUGAAAGGUUAAGUGCGUUAGAGACGUAACACUGCAUGACAUGAACAAUAAAAACAAUGCCGUA